AUGCAGCUUCUCCUGCUCCUGCUGGCCUUUUUACUGUCCCCUGUGGCAGAUGCAGGGGAGAUCAUCGGGGGACAUGAGGCCAGGCCCCACUCUCGCCCCUACAUGGCAUUUGUUCAAAUUCUGAUUGAACAAAAAUGGAAGAGCUGUGGUGGUGUCCUCGUGCAACAGGAUGUUGUUCUGACGGCUGCUCACUGCUGGGGAAGCUCAAUCAGGGUGAUUCUGGGGACCCAUGAUAUCCUGAAUCAAGAGAGGACCUGGCAGGUCAUCCAUGUGAAAGAAGCCAUCCGCCACCCAGACUAUAUUCCUAAAGACUAUUUUAACGACAUAAUGAUACUCAAGCUGGAGAGAAAGACCAGGCAGACUGCAGCUGUGCAGCCCCUCAGCCUACCCAGGGGCAUAGCCCAGGUGAGGCCCGGAGAGGUGUGCCGUGUGGCAGGCUGGAGGAGAGUCGCCCCAAAUGGCAGAGUUUCCAACACACUGCGGGAGGUGGAGCUGACUGUGCAGCAGGAGCAGGUGUGGGAAGCUUGCUUAUAUGAUCAUUACAACAGUACCACUCUGCUGUGCGGGGGGGACCAAAAUGAAAGGAAGACUUCCUUUCAGGGGGACUCCGGGGGUCCUCUUGUGUGUAAGAAGGUGAUCCAGGGCUUGAACUAA